AAGAAUGUCCUGCAAAAGUUUGUCCAGCAUAUUCAUGCUAACUGUCUUAGCGAUUACUGUUAGCUGGGCGCUCUGCAUUGGCUCGACGUUAGUUAGCUAUCAUAAGCCAAGUCGGCUAGCCUGCCAUCGCAGCUACUUCGGCGGGCGCUUCUGUCAGCUAUCAAGAGCACAACCAUUUCCCUAAACUAUACCAAUCUGUGAUACGGGGAUGGGGGAUAUGAAAACCCCAGAUUUCGAUGACUUGCUGGCAGCGUUCGAUAUCCCAGACAUUGAUGCCAAAGAAGCCAUACAGUCUGUGCCCGAGGACUCGGAAGGCCAUCACAGCAGCACUGGGGGUGCGGUGGGGAAGAUAGGGGGUGGAGGCGGUAGUGGUCUACCUCUUCGACCCCCCAGCCCACCCGAGCCCCAUCAGACCCCCCACGCCACCGCCCUGUCAUCUCAAAGCGGUGAGCCACCAGGGGUCAGUGUCAUUGUAAAGAACAGGGUACGAACGGAUGCGUUUGGCGAGGGAGAGUGCGACUCGGGUCGAGACGGCCCUGGUGGAGCCGGGGCGCAGGGAGGGGCGGUCGGAGCGCUCCCUGCUCCCCGUCUCGGCCUCAGGAUGCAGGGAAUGGGCUGCGGCGAGCCCCUGAUCCAUAACGGCUUCGAGGAGUGUGCGGCGGAGGCCAGUGAGCUCCCGCUGAGCCCCACUCAGACUCAGAGUCACUCCAACGGCCAGCUGUGGUCACCUGCCUCCCCAAAAGCAGCCGCCGAGGGCGCGUCAGCCACCAGUGCUGGCGGCUUUGGCAGAGCGAAGCCACUGGGGGCACAGGGUCCCAAUGACACCAUGCCGAAGGCUCGGAAGCCCAGCGUGACUCAGCCUCAGGAAGAGGAAACACACGCUGGUGAUGUCGCAGACCGAUCCGCUGCCGUCUCGGCUUCCAGCGACGCCCCGUCCCCCCGUGUGUCCACCUCGCCUGUGGGGCGGGCGUCGACAUUCUUCUCCCCGCCCGCACCUCCCCCACUCUCCAGCUCCACUGCUCCCCCUUCUCCUCCGUCUAACUCCUCUUCUCUCUUUGAAGGUCCACUUCUCCCCUCAUCGCCCCUUCCCUCUGGCUCUCAGCUGCGGAGCGAAGUCCCUGGGCCCGCUUUGCAGCGUGCGGCAUCCGAGGACGAGGAGUCGGAGCCGGACCUCGGCAGUUCUCCCUUGGUGAUCCAGGAGAGCCCGGACCUGCUCAUGUGCUCCCCUCCGAAGUUCCCCCGUCGCAAGCGCUCCUCGUCAUCGGGCAUGUUUAGCGCUCCCUCCCCGACUGCCUCGCCCACCAAUCUCCCCACCCCCCCCGCCACAGCUGCCGCGCCUCCCCUGGCCGACUGCAGCCCUCGCCAGCGGCCUCCCUCCCCCAAACGCACCCCCGCGGAGCAGCGCAACCCGGAGCACGUCAUCGAGGAGCGGGACUCGCCGGAGAGCCCCGAGCCCGAGCCGCCGGCCUCGUCCCAGGGGAAGCGUGCCACCACGCUCCCCACCCUCACUCAGAGAGGCCCCAGCACAGACCAGACGUCGGCCCCACCACCUGCAGCUCACGGGGCCACCUGGAACAAGGCGGAAGAGGAGGAAGAGGAGGAAGAAGAAGAUGAUGAUGAUGAGGAUGAGGAGGAGGAGGAGACGAUGAUGACGAGAGAGGAGCAGUCCAUGGAGACCGGAGGGAGCAGCACAGGGGAGCGAGUGGAGGAUGGGGAGGAGCAGAUGGAGGUGGGCGAGCAGGACGGCAGCCCUGGCCCUGCCGCGGUCAACACCGACGGCUCCCCCUCUCCCUCCAUGAUGAAGGUCAGGAUCAGAACGGUCAAGACCCCUACGGGCAGCAUCACAAGGACUGUGACCAGAGUGGCCCCGAACGGGGUGGCUGCCACCGGCACCACCAAGGACGCCAGCACUAAAGCUUCUCUGGGAGGCCAGAAGGUGAUCCGGCCCAAAAGACCCGGCGCGCCACUUCCUGGGCAGAACCAGAGGUCAAAGGGCGCGACGGUCCUGCCUGUGUCCACCUUGCAGGAUGCCAGCACCGCCAUGCUCUUGGCAGCCAGCAAGGCUCAGAACAAGAUGGCCGCCGCCAGCGGCUCCUCCAAGCUGUCCGCCACGGCCGUGAGCAUCACCAAAGCCACCACGCUCCCCUCGGUGUCCUCGUCCCCAGCCACGUCAUCUGUGGGCGCGAGCGCCAGAUCCGCCGCCCAGAAGCCGGUCAACGGCAGCAUCCUGGCCUCCACGGUGGCCACGCUCACCACCGGCAGCGGCGGCAAUAAGCCGGCGUCCAUCGUGAACAGCGGCGGCGCCGUCAUCUCGCGCUCCCAGUCCAGCCUAGUGGAGGCCUUCAACAAGAUCCUCAACAGCAAGAACCUGCUGCCCAGCUACAAGCCGGACCUGAGCACGCCGCCGCCGGCCGAGUGGGCACUGCCCAUGCCCGCCGCCGGCUACCGCUGCCUGGAGUGCGGCGACUCGUUUGCGCUGGAGCGCAGCCUGGCGCGCCACUACGACCGGCGCUCGCUGCGCAUCGAGGUGACGUGCAACCACUGCGCCAAGCGCCUGGCCUUCUUCAACAAGUGCAGUCUGCUGCUCCACGCGCGCGAACACAAGGAGCGUGGCCUGGUCAUGCAGUGCUCGCACCUCGUCAUGCGGCCGGUCAGCGUGGAGCAGAUGAUCGGACAGCAGGACACCACACCCAUAGGUGUGCUCUCCACCCCUGUGUCCUCGUCCGCCUGCGCCCCCGGGGCCUCUAGCCCAGGUAAGGAGGAGAGCGCCAGCCUCGCUGGCCCCCAGGUGCUGCUGCCCCUGCCCUGCAAGAAGGCCGAGCCCCUGCAGUACACUAACAACAGGUGUCCAGAGUGCAAGAGCCAGUUCAGCGGGAAAGCGGAGAUGGUGGCUCACUUCCAGGAGGUCAAAGCUUCCGCUAACACUGCCUGUACCCAGUGCACCCCUCCGAUGCUGCUGCCCAACCCCUGCAGCUGGUCAGCCCACCAGCGCAUCCAUCGCCACCGUUCACCACACGUGUGUCCCGAGUGUGGGGGCGUCGCACGCCAGGCCAGCUUCCACACACACCUGCAGGAGGCCUGCCUGCACUUCACACGCCGCAUCGGCUACAGAUGUUUUAGUUGUCAGGUGGUGUUUGGUGGCCUGAACUCGGUCAAGUCCCACAUCCAGUCUUCACACUGUGAGGUGUUCCACAAAUGCCCCUCUUGCCCCAUGGCCUUCAAAUCUGCCCCCAGCGCACAGAGCCACAUCUCCUCCCAACACCCAACGCUCACCAGUGUCCAGGCCAAGAUGAUCUACAAGUGCGUGAUGUGUGAGACUGUUUUUACCCAGAAGGCCUUGCUCUACGUGCAUUUUGACACUCACCUGGCCAAUCAGAAGGUGCACGUGUUCAAGUGUCCUGACUGCCCCAAGCUCUACGCCCAGAGGGCGUCCAUGAUGGAGCACAUGAAGACGGCACACAGAGGCUCUGCGGUCAAGCAGGAAGUGUCCGUCGCCGCGGCGUCUUCUCCCAUCCCCGCUGUCGCCGCCUCCUCCUCCUCCUCCUCCUCCUCGCCGGCGCUGGUCAAGGGCAAGGCUCUGCUGAAGAUGGAGAGCUCGGACGGAGAGGAGUGGGGUCGAGAGCACGAGGAGGACGCCGAGGAGGAGGGCGGCAAGCCGGGAGGAAGAGCCAACGGGGGCGGACCGGUCACUCCCACCUGGAGCUGUACACAGUGCCAGACCCGCUACACUGACAAGGAGAACUACAUUACCCAUAUGGCCGAGCUGCAUGACAAGGUCCUGAAGAAGUUCCCAUGUGAUCUGUGUGAAGGCUCCUUCUCCUCCUCCUCCAGCCUGAGGAGGCACAUCCGCCUCAAACACAAAGACAACAGACGUCUCUUCCUCUGCCAGUUGUGUGUGGACAGUAAGCGCUCCUUCAGCAGCCGUCUCAGUCUGGAGAGACACAUGCAGACCCAGCAUGCACCUGGAGCCCCGUUGCCAGGGAGACCAGUGGACCGACCGAAACGAGGCUCUGUCUUCUCUGAAGCAGCGGACAGCUCCUCCGAACUGGACGCCACUGUGAGUUCUCUGGGCGGGGCGUCGGCGGAAGAGGACUCCCGAUUGGCUGGGCCUCCAGGAGGCGUGUCUCGAGGCAGAGGAGGAGUGGUCAAGCAGGAGGAGACGACAGGCUUCCGCUGCAUGCCCUGCGGCUUCGCCACCGAGGACCAGGCCGAGUUCCUGGCCCACAUCCCGAGUCAUCGUGGCGGAGACGGAGCUCUGCAGUGCCAGCAGUGCGGCGCGUGUUUCGCCUCUGGACCGUCCCUCAGCCGCCAUCGCUUCAUCAGCCACCGCGUGCGUGACGCGGUGCCCGAGCACCACCACCACCACCACCACGCCGCCACUGCUGCCGCCGCCGACACAGACGGCCUGGCCGACGGAGAGCUCGGUGUGGACGCGCUGGGGUCCGGCGCAGGCUCCCCGGGGUCGUUGUCGCCGUCGCAGCAGCAGGGCGACGAGGAGAAGGGGCCGUGCGCGUGCAGGGUGUGCGGCCGGCGCUUCAACAAGGCCUCUGACCUCAACACACACUUCCGCACGCACGGCAUGGCCUUCAUCACCGCUCACAAGACCGACAAGCCUGUCUGAGAGCCACAGAGAGACGCUCAAUGCCGCCAGAGAAAAACAGUGACCAGCGGCCAGAGCCUUGUGCCCAUUAGUUUUCCAUCACCCAGGAGCCUCUGAGAUAACCAUGAAAUCAAAGACUCGUUCACCUUGACAAGGGAGCUUAGCCCAGUUUGCAGGUCCUGAUUGAUUAAGAUGGUUCUCGGAAUCACUCACCCCCUUGGUCUGUUACCAGAUUAACUGGUUUUGUUUAUUUUGUUGCUGUUGUACAUUUUUGCAAUUCAGCCAUUACCUUCUGUCUGAACUAAAGGUUCCCACAGAAAAAGCUUGUACCUGGACCAGAGAGGAGGGGAUGGGGAGCCAUGAUUGAGAUGGAGAGGGAGAAGGACCCCUAGAGCUGCCCCCUCUGUUGCCUGUUCUUUAAAGCGCUUUCAUUAAGGCACCAGACAAUCACAGUCUGCAGGAAGUAAUCAGAGCAUUGUAUUGUAUGCAUACUUAGUUUAAGCAAUCAAUUUAUUUGUCAUGAUCCUUGUAGAAUGUUUGGUGACCGCAAGCUUGAGACACUGGUUGUAAUUCACCAUGGUCUCUUGCCACUUAAGGAAUUUCUUCUUAAAUUGGCUGAUCCACAGAAGUGCCCUUGACUGGGAAUUUUGAGAAUGUAGUUCUAUAAGUGUGUGUGUGUGUGUGUGUGUGUGUGUGUGUGUGUGUGUGUGUGUGUGCACAUGCCUGUGCUUGCGUGUUUGCAAAGAGAGCAUCUGUCUGUCAUAAGUUCACGUUUUUUCAAACUGAGUGUCUCACCUUUAAAGUGAAUCCCAUUCCUGAUACAUUUUUUUAGCAUGUAUGUAUAUCUGCUGUGUGUGUGUGUGUGUGUGUGUGUGUGUAAGGGAGGGAGGGAGAGAGAAGGUGGUAAGGUGUUAAUUUUGCUUGCUUAACAGAAAAAACUGUUUAUGAAGACAACAAUGAGAUCACUGUAAAUGCUUAGAUUCUUUUCUUCAUAUUUUAUUCUCUAGUCUGUGAAAUCCGGUAUAUGAGAAAUUUUAUAUGUUGGUUGUGUGUGCGUGUGUAUGUGUACAAUGGCACCAGCAACAGUUCUCUCCAGAUCCCUCUCCUGUCCUCCUCUGUUUGUGAAACUUUAGUUGCUUUCUAAUAUAAAAUAUGAAAUAAUUGAGUAAUUGUUCUUAAAUAAAAUAUUCAGGCUCUUA